AUGGCGAGAGCCUGCAAGUGCAGCCCCGCGGUGAGGCUGCUGCCGUAUCCGAUCACAGCACAGCUGGCGGGCAGCAGGAGCCACGGAAGAUGCAGAAGCCUCGCCGUUCACGCGCAGCUCCCAACCGAGGAUGAUUACCCCGCCGAGUCACCGAAAAGGGUCCAGGUUACACAGAGCCUCAGGAGGAGCCGCCGGAGGGGGCCCGGCGCGCGGCAGAGCCUGGUGUCCGUCGGGACGUCGCGCGGCGGAGGGGAUCAGUGGAGCAGCGACUUCGAGCUGACGCUCCGGCAGCUGAGGCUGGACGACCUGAUCGAGGAGGGGCAGAGCGACGCCGACGUCCUGGUGCACCUUCUAGUCCAGCAGGUAACUGACAGAGAAAAUAUGCACCGAGCAAGUGAGCAGCUGACUGAUAGCUGUGAGAUGUUCGUCUGCUUUCAGCACACCCAGUUCGGAAUGUCGAUCAAAGGGCGAGUGGUCACAUCGCUCACCAAAAUAUGCGAUUCCUGCUCCGCCCCAUACUGCACAAAGAUUGAUGAGCAGUUCGACAUUACGGUGCUGUCUUCCUCCAGGAAAGACCAGAGCGGGUUGCCUGAAAUCGGAGACAGCGAUCCGUCAGUCAUGUAUGUGAAGCCAGGAACAGAAAUCGAUAUCGACUCGUCAAUCCAAGAGACAAUACGACUAACAGCGUCAGCCAAGAGUUCAUGUUCGGAGGCGUGUGAGAAGUCUCCUGUCGUGUGGAAACGUGCUGGUAACCAGAAGAAGCGUUACAGCCAAACGUGGUCAAAACUUCUUGAUCUCAAGAGAACUCUGGAUAAGGCGCACAGCUAA